AUGGAUAUUCAUGUUCUUCAAAGCCAGCCCGCCCAGAAGGUCGCGUUUAAAGACUCUUCCACGGUUCGUGUGGAUUUGGUCCGCGGCGGGUUCCAGCCGCGCCUUCCGACUUCGCUGCCGCCCCCAGGGCAGCAGCAGCAGCCGUCGCCGCUACCACGCCGACAGCCCGUCCCGUUGAUGCCUCCCGCGCAGCUUCAUCCGGGAGCGCCCGAGGUGGUCGCUCCGGCGCCUGCGGUCCCUCUUCAGUCGCCACCGCCUUCGGAGCUGAUGGACGUCGACCCCUCAGCCGGGCCGCCUUCCCAAGCGGUGGCUGUGCAGCCUGUCCUGCAGCCGCUUUCCUUGGGCACCCCCAAGGAGUCUGACACCGCAGCGCCUUGUCCGGCGCCCACUCAGCAGCCGUCGACGCAGCGUCAGGAGACGCUGCCUCUCUUCGUGGGUCCCGACGCCCCGUCGCGUCCAGUACCAGAAGCUGCGCCCGUGGUCACAGGCGUGCACGCUGACCUCGGUUUUCAGUCGGUGUUUCCCGAGGCCCCGCGCAGCCCAUGCUGGGGUGCGGACCGGGGACUGCCACAGACAAGUCUCCGCCCCGGUCUCUUCUGCUACGCCUGCGGCCAGACCCCUCCCCCGCCGUCGACGCUCGCCACGUCAUUAUUCAACGACGGUGCGGCGAUUUGGGGGGGAGGAGUGUUAUAUCCUAGCCAGUAA